UGCAUGGAUUUCCACUAAAUUAACAUAUCUACCAGCUUGGCCUCCUUCCAAGGGGGACUCUGGCAAGGAAGUAAAUUAAGGCGGUGCCUGUUUGCUGAGAGAGCUCCACUGAGCCCCGGGCCGAUGAAGGAGAAGCUGCUUGUUGGGCUCCUCACACAUGCAGGCGGCUUUCUCUAGGUAAAUUUUGAUCGUGGAAAACUCCCUCGGCCCCCUAAGAGCGUCUGGAACCCCCAGAACCCUCUGGGAGCUGUAUUCUCCCCAGAAAUGCCUCUUGGCUUGCCUGGGAUAUAGAGCUAUUUGCAAAGGUGGAGGAUGAGUGAUGAUCAGAGCAGUUUGCCCCCCGGUUUACAGGCUCGGGGUGAGAAGUUCUCACUCACGAAUCCGACAUCCUUUAGGAUCAACUUGGAUGGCUCUUAACAUGCACGUGUGCCCCGGGAUUUGGAUUGGGGUGAGGAGAAAGGAAGGAAGGCACAUUCUGAAGCAGACUUCGAAGGGGGGUGGACAUGGAAGCUUCGAAUGAUGAGGUGAGCUGCAUCUGUUAGCACAGGACUUUGCAAAGCGAUUUCACCGGGAGGAAAGGCUAAGAGAACUCAGAGCAUGGCGCCCACAGGCCCCCGGAAAGCAUCUUAAACCCCGAACGCCCGCAGCUGCUCCAUUGGACACUCUGCAGCUCGUCCUCCGUCCCUCUGGACCCCCCAGGAGCUGCUCCCUUCCUAGCGAUGCCCUCGGGAGCCUUGGCCCCAGCUGGAUGAGACCGUUCCAGAGCAGGACCGACCUCGCCACCCACCAAGACUCCCACGCCCCCCUCCACCACCUCCCAUGUCUGGCUGCCCUGGGCAGACUCUAGAAUGUCUGUGCCCCAGAUCCGAGUAGAAGAAGCGGAAAGUGGGGAAGAAGGGCCGGCAGGAGCAGCCCCACCUCCUGACGACCACCUCCGGAGCCUGAAGGCCCUCACCGAGAAACUGAGGCUGGAGACCCGCAGACCCUCCUACCUGGAAUGGCAGGCCAGGCUGGAGGAGCAGACAUGGUCCUUCCCGCGGCCGGCUGCCGAGCAGGGCGGCUGUGCGGAGGAGGAGCCCCUGCUCCCCCCGAGAGCGCCCAGGCAGCGUCCCCCACCCAGCGGGAGAGCCAGCCAGGCCGGCGGGCCCCAGUCCGCGGGCAAGCUGGAGGGCUUUGAGAGUAUCGACGAGGCUAUCGCCUGGCUCAGGAAGGAACUGAUGGAGAUGCGGCUGCAGGACCAGCAGCUGGCCCGGCAGCUCAUGCGCCUGCGCAGUGACAUCCACAAGCUGAAGAUCGAGCAGACGUGCGACCUCCACCGGAGGAUGCUCAACGACGCCACCUACGGGCUGGAGGAGCGGGACGAGCUGUCCGACCUCUUCUGCGACGCCCCGCUCGCCUCCUCCUUCAGUCUCUCCGCGCCGCUCAAGCUCAUUGGGGUCACCAAGAUGAACAUCAACUCCCGCAGGUUUUCUCUGUGCUGAGAAGCCCUGGAAGGAGCGGAGGAGCCAGAACGAGGGUUUUAGGGGGCGGGCAGGGGGCGUGGGGAGCUGAGGCCCAGCUACCUACGUGGGUCUCCCUGGAGGUGGGGCGUCCCCAGGACCUGUCGGCAGGUGUUUUGGGGGGCCCAGCUGUGGAGCCCAGUGUCCCCAUGCCUGGCUCUGGUUUAAUACCAAGAGAGUCCCGCAGAAGGGCUACAACCUCUGAUGUUCAGUGAGGCCAGGUCCCCAGCACGGCACAUCUCACCCUCCCCUCGUGACCCGCAUUCCUAUUUCCUAGAAUCAUUGGUGCUAUGACCUGGGAACCCAAAGGAGGGGCCCCCAAAGCUGUGAUUCUUGCGGAAAGCUUCCCCAAGGGCACCAAACCCCAAGGGGGAGGUGAUCAGAUACGUGCCAGCUCACUGUGCCAGCCUUUAAGUACUGGCUCGAAUUCACCCUAAGCGGGUGACUCAGCCAGCUCGACGGGGACCCACCAGGACAGAGCUAACACAUGGAGUGUGGGAGCCAGGACCCACAGCCACAAUCAUUGCUGCCCCCCCUCACCGUGAGGUCUUGGCUCUGGCCCUAGAGGUGCCAUGUUAAGUGUUUCCAGAGUGUGCGGUCACACCAGUGUGACCAAGGGUGGAGCCGGCACAGCUGCCCUCUGCUGCCUACUCUGGCCACAUGCACAAGUCCCAACCUCCAAAGAGCCCCCUUCCUGCUACCCACAAACCCGGGGAGCAGGUUUCCCGGGGCCAGCAGAGGCCUCCUGCUGGAUUCCAACGGUGUCCCCACCGGCACCUUCGUGCCCUCCCCAGACACUCGCCCUGAGCCACCUCUGAGGUUCUGUGCCUGACUCAAACAACUGAUUUUAAUUGAAUCAGACUUACGAAUCUGUUGCUAACUUGUUAAUAACCGUUUGAUUUUUGUCCAAAUGGCGAAGCCAGUGGGUAGGUCAAGUCAGAGGUUCAGGUUUGAUUUUUAAAGGUUCUCCCAAAAGACAGGUGUGAGGAUUAGCAAGGUGAGAAGUGAGACCCUGACAGGUUGGGGGGGGGUUGACCCUUGACCUAGCUAGUUGAGCCCUCUGGUUCAUAAAGAGAGUGAGACCAGGGGAGAGCGGCCUCCCUCAUGCUCCACAGCUCUUUAGUGGCUACAGAAUAUUGAUGUGGUAAAUCAUUAUGAAUGAGGCCUACACAGAUCACGUAUCAAUGAUCUUGAACUCCAAAGAUGGUACGAAUGCUUUGCCAAACCCACAAGCUGCCAACCCACCCAGCCUCCACCUCACUCAGCCCCUCCCCCUCCCGAGUGACAGUUCCCACCACCAGUCACAGUUCCACAGCUGAGUGAGGUGUCCUGCUGCUCUUUCAUGCUUUGUCGUCCUGUAUAAGGUCACUGGGGCCCAUGCACACUCACACACACACACGCACACGCGCGCCCGCCAUGAUCCACACUGGGAAAAGUGGGAGGGUAUAAAUGACUGGUCCCUAGUUAGACAGAAGAGAAUUUGGUGUUUCCUUGUGAUUUCAAAGAGCCGAAGGGUUUAUGCUUCCUCCAAAGGCAUAACCAUGUAGCCAAGAUUUAUUUUGGGCCUGACUCGAAGCAGUGGCAGAAGUCUGAGGCCCAGAGGGUUCGUCCCCGGGGAAGGCCAGGCCCACCUCAGGCCUGUUCCCCCUCAGGCAGGGAGGAGGGAGAUUUUCUCUACCUGGUGACCUCUCUCCUCAGGAUUACGGACGAGCACUGCCAGGUCCCCCAGAGGCGUGGCUGCAGGCUUCUUUGAGAAGAGUCUCUGGUCGUGGGCGCUCAGGCUGGCCUGCACACACACACACUCCGCACACUCAAACCCACACAGGCAAGCCCAUUCUGUCUUUUGGGGAAAAAAAAAAACCCACACUGAUUAUUUUUCCUUCUAGAAAUCAGUCAUGCUAGUAACUGAAAAAGCUUGAUCUAGCUCAGGCUGAGGGAUUUCACUGCAUUUCUUCAGCCCAACUGAGUCAGAGGCAACUGGGCAACUGAGUUGCUCAGUUAACCUACUGAUUCCGUCCUUUCUUUGUUCUCUACGAUCAAGGCACACAGUUUUUGGAAGAGGUGAGAUGUCUCAGCUAUUUUGCUUCGUUCAUCCCAAGGGAAUUUUAUUUAGGGGUAAGGGAGGAGGGGCUCAGGAAGAGGAGUGGAGAGAAAAGACAGGUGUUUUCUUACUCAUUGUCCAGUGUCUGUUAGCAUCCUUAUUGCCACGGUGAACACAAACAACUCACCAAGUCAGUUCAGCUCUGUGCAGUCUCUGCCUCCCGUCGUCGGUCCAGAGAUGGCUGAGUCAGUCACAGCCUAGCCUGCAUCACCAGCUCCCCAGGCAGCCUGCAGGCUUACCACGAGUACGCGAUGCGGUCGCAGUGUUACUAAUUAACUACCCAUCUCUCUGCCGCCCCCAAGGCCCCCUGGGUGUAAAACUCGAAGUCUCCUUUGACACUGCUGAGCGGGCUGAUGUCUGAUGCCUUCACGGGCUCGGCAGGGACCACAGAGGCCUGGGGAGCCCGGGCCUGACCCCGCCCCAGGCCUCCUCCCUGUAGCAAUACCAAGUGCUAUUACACAAUCGAUGGACAGUUUAUAAUUUUAUUUUUUAUGAUUAUUUGUUUCUAUAUUGCUGUUAGAAAAAGUGAAGUAAAGAUAUUUCAAAGGAAGCUAUUUAUAAA